AUGCGAGAUAUGUAUAAACCAACACAGCAUCUACCACCAUUGGGACGUUCUGAUCACAAUUGCCUUCUAUUAGUGCCAAAACAGAAAGAAAAAGCACCAACAAUUCCCAGAAAGGUAAGACUCUUAUCACCUGGAAAAGUAAAUGUCUUAUGCAGAAAACUUAUUCUUGAAGAUUGGUCGGAGGUCUUUAAUGUACAAGAUGUAGAUGAAAAAGUAAAUGCUUUUACCUCAAUGAUGCUUAGUAUUAUGGAUGAAACUAUUCCUGAAAAAACAGUACGAAUGCAUACUUCAGAUAAACCUUGGAUGACAAGCUUUAUAAAAUCAAAGAUCAAAGCCAGACAACGUGCUUUCUCAUGUAAUAAUCAAGCACGUUAUGAAAAACUAUGUUCUGAUGUCUCAAAACUUAUAAACAACGCCAAAAUUUCAUAUUACAAACGAAAAGCAAAAGACUUUCGUACGACUAACCCUCAAAAAUGGUAUAAAUCAAUCUUCUUAAUGUUGGGAAUUAAUAACGGGAAUAAUGUAAAAAGAAAUGUUUACGAUGAAAAUGUACUGGAACUAGCUGAAAAAUUACAACAAGUCUUUACAAAACCUUGGUUAAACCAAUUACCCAACUACGAAAUUGAAGAUAACUUGAUCAACCAAACGCUUAAGGAUAUUAAACCUCCUUUACCAUCUAUUGGACAGGUCAAGAGCUGUCUACAGCACCUAAAUCCUAGAAAAGCAACAGGUGAUGACAAAAUUCCGGCAUGGAUACUUAAACGUUUUUGCGAAGAUCUUGCACCAGUCGUACACAAUAUAGUCACCACAAGUAUAAAACAAUGCAAGUACCCCAGCCAAUAUAAACAUGCACUAAUAACUCCAGUUGCUAAAGUUAAUAAUCCAAGCAAUGUUGAAAAUGACUUCAGACCUAUAUCUGUCCUUCCUCAAAUGGCUAAAGUAAUAGACAAACUUCAACUCCAUUUGAAUAAAUCAGAUUUCAAAAUAAAGACUAACCAACAUGCCUUUACUCAUGGCCGAUCUACUGUAUCUGCUCUAAUAUCUAUGACACAAAAUUGGUAUAAUGCAACAGAUAAUUCUCAAUUAGGUAGAAAGGAGUUCACGUAUUAUUUAUAG